AUGGUGCUGCUGGUUGCACUGGUGGUGCUGCUGCGGGUGGUGCUGCUGGUUGCACUGGUGGCGCUGCUGCAGCUGGUGCUGCUGCGCGUGGAGCUGCUGGAUGCACUGGUGGUGCUGCUGCAGCUGGUGCUGCUGCGCGUGGAGCGUGGCAAGAAUGGCUACGACGGUGGCAAGGGCUACGACGGCGAUGGCAAGGGCUACGACAAAGGCUACGACAAGGGCUACGGCGACACGGGCUACGACGGCGAUGGCAAGGGCUACGACGACGGUGGCCAGGGCUACGGCGAUGGCAAGGGCAAGGGCUACGACGGUGGCAAGGGCAAGGGCUACGACGGUGGCACGGGCCGCGAGAAGGACGGCAGCGGCAAGGGCCGCGACAAGGACGGCGACAGCGGCAAGGGCCACAUCAGGCUGGCGAAGGAGCAGCGUGACGGGCUGCAGGACAUGAUGUCGGACAGCGGCAAGGCCGACGACAAGGGCGACGGUGGCGCGGGCAGCGCCAAGGGCAGCCCGAGCAAGGGCUUCGACAAGGGCUACGACGGCGGCAAGGGCAGCGACAAAGGCUACGACCCGUACGGCAGCUCGAGCAAGGGCUACGACGCGGGCUACGACACGGGCUACGACAAGGGCUACAACAAGGGCUACGUCAAGGGCUACGACGAUGGCAAGGGUGCUGAUGGCAUCGAUCGCGGCGGUACAAGCUACGACGGUGGCACGGGCAUCGACGACGAGGCCAUGGGCUACUACGACGGUGGCAAGGGCUACGAUGGUAGCAAGGGCAGCGCCGACGGUGACAAGGUCUACGACGGUGGCAAGGGCUACGACGGUGGCGAGGGCUACAAGGGUGGCAAGAGCAUUAACGACGGUGGUAAGGGCAAGGCGACGGCCCUCGACAGCGGCGAGGGCUACGACGGUGGCAAGGACUCCGACAAGGGCAAGGGCGACAUGAACGGUGUCAAGUUUGGCGAGGCCCGCGGGCGUGUCCAGACGGUCCCGCGGAAAGAAGGCCUCCGACUCCUGCUCGUCGGCGCGCCCGCGAGCGGCUCGCCGAAGGCCGGCAUCCAGCCAAUGGAGUCAGGAUGCGGAGGCUGGGCCAUGGCCGGCCUUCCCGCUGACGACAACUUCGUGGAGCCCGUCACGCUCAGUGCCAUCGCAGAGCUCUUGGACAAGAAAUUCGAUGAGCGACUCUGGCCUGUACUUGACACAGUACGGGAGCUACAGGAUAACGCAGCAAGAGUGGAGGCUAACAUCGACAACAUGUUCGAACGGACGGAAGAGAAGAACGCGGAGUUGCUGAGCAAGAUCGAGACUGUGAACGAGGACCUCCAGAUAUUCAAGAAAGCAGCAACGCACUCAGGAGUUGAGAGGGAUAGGUGCCCACAAGACGCGCAGCUCCAGCACGACCUCACACAGCAGAUCGAGCAGCUGGAUGCCCAGAUGCGCAACCUCAUGCAGACCCGCACCGAUGACACCAAGCUGAUCGCUGUCUUCGGCGGGCUGGAAGGCUUGGGGGACUAG